UACACGGGAAACGUUCCAUUGUUGCCGCAAAUGUGAUUAUAUUUAGUAAUCAAGUGAAAUUUAAUAAAAUCAAAGUUAGUUAGCAGUUUUAAAUACACAAAUCUUAACUUUUAUUGUAAAAAUUUGUUACAGUGAUAUUUAUUGUGUAAUUUAGAGGUUUUAUUUCGUUAAGAAAGUGAAAAUGUCGAGUCCCAUGCGAGCACCGCGUACCCCGACUAGGGAUAGAACUCCAAGGACUCCUAGAACUAGGACUUCAAGACAAGUAGAUGAAUCAUCUCCAAGCACACAGAAUUCAGUUAACGGGGUAACUAAUGGAACACCCACUCGAAAUGGUACUCCUAGCAGGAGACAAGGGAUUGCCGGUUCCUCUGAUACCCCUCUUAGGUGGGGUGCCAAUCGACGAACCCAAGAAACAAUUGCUGCUUCUUCCGAAGGACCAUCCUCUGUUCCUCCAGCUUCAUCACCAAAUCGAAUCCUAAUGACAAGUCCACUGCCUCAAGGAAUGACAGAGAUAGAUUUAUCUUCUCCUUUAAAUUAUGGUACACCUAGCUCUAUAGGCUCCAUUCGAACUCCAAGAAGUGGCAUCAGGGGUACACCAGUUCGUCAAAGGCCUGACAUAAGAAUUGAUAAAAGAGUGAGACAGCUCAAUGUUGGGUCCAGUAUUCCAGAAGAAGUAGGCGUUGCUCCUAUAUCAUCAGAGAAUGAAAAUUUGGCUGGGCCUCAACUUGUCAUCUGGGGAACUGAUGUUAAUGUUAGUCGUGUUAAAGACCAAUUCAAAAGAUUUAUUCAGCGUUUCAUUGAUCCAGAUGCAGAAAAUGAUGAAUUACCAGAAAGUUUAAACGUUUCUGAGCCACUGUACAUGCAAAAACUUCAUGAAAUCAAUACUUUGGAAGAACCAUACAUGAACAUAAAUUGUGCCCACUUGCAAGCCUUUGAUGAUGAUCUGUCUAAGCAGUUAAUCUGUUAUCCUCAAGAAGUUAUACCAGCAAUGGAUAUGGCUGUCAAUGAAAUGUUCUUUGAAAUUUAUCCAGCAGCUGUAUUAGAACAUCAAAUACAAGUACGGCCAUUUAAUGCUGCUAGAACCAAAAGUAUGAGAUUGCUGAAUCCUGGAGAUAUUGAUCAGUUGAUAACUAUCACUGGAAUGGUUAUCAGAACUUCCACUAUUUUACCAGAAAUGCGAGAAGCUUUUUUCAAAUGCAUCAUUUGCUCAUUUGUUAGUAUGGUUGAGCUUGAUAGAGGUCGUAUUAGUGAACCAACAGUUUGCACUAAUUGUAACAAUAAUUACUGCUUCUCUUUGGUACACAAUCGCUGUCACUUCUCAGAUAAACAAAUGAUAAAGUUGCAAGAGUCUCCAGAUGAUAUGCCUGCUGGACAAACACCUUAUACUAUCAUAAUGCUUGCCUAUAAUGAUUUAGUUGAUGCAGUAACUGCUGGUGACAGGGUUGCAGUUACUGGAAUAUAUCGAGCUUCUCCAAUUCAAUGUAAUCCAAGAACAUCAAAUCUUCGUGCAGUUUAUAAAACACACAUUGAUGUAGUUCACUUUAGAAAGCAAGACUCAAAGAGGUUGUAUGAUAUGGAAGAUGGCAAAGAGCAUGUCUUUCCUCCUGAGAGACUCGAAGUACUGAAAACUUUGUCAACAAUGCGAGAUAUUUAUGAUCGACUUGCAAGGCAAAUGGCACCCAGCAUUUAUGAAAAUGAAGAUAUUAAAAAGGGAAUUUUAUUGCAAUUACUUGGAGGUACCAAGAAAACUCAUACCUCAUCUGGUAGAACACAUUUUAGAUCAGAGAUUAACAUUCUGCUUUGUGGUGAUCCUGGUACCAGCAAAUCUCAGCUGUUACAGUUUGUUUAUAAUUUAGUACCUCGCUCUCAGUACAGUAGCGGAAAAGGAUCCAGUGCUGUUGGUUUAACUGCUUAUGUAACAAAAGAUUCUGAAACCAAACAGUUAAUUUUAGAAACUGGGGCGUUAGUAUUGGCCGACAAUGGAAUAUGUUGUAUAGAUGAAUUUGAUAAAAUGAACGACAGUACACGAUCUGUACUCCACGAAGUUAUGGAACAGCAAACUUUAAGUAUAGCUAAAGCGGGAAUUAUUUGCCAGCUCAAUGCUAGAACAAGUAUCUUAGCUGCUGCAAAUCCAUGUGAAUCUCAAUGGAAUAAAGAUAAAAAUGUUGUCGAUAAUGUUCAGCUUCCACAUACGCUCAUGUCGCGAUUUGAUUUGAUCUUCUUGAUGUUAGAUCAGCAAGAUGACAAAUUUGAUAGAAAGCUUGCCAAGCAUCUCGUAUCCCUAUAUUGGAAAAAUGAGCUUGAGGACGAAGAUGAAGUGAUUGACUUAAGCAUUUUACGUGACUACAUUGCCUAUGCUAAAGAAAACAUUCACCCCACACUAGGUGAAGAGGCUCAACAACGAUUAGUCCAAUGCUAUGUAGAUAUGCGACGUAUCGGAAGUGGUCGCGGACAAAUUACUGCAUAUCCUCGUCAACUUGAAUCGCUUAUACGUUUGUCUGAAGCUCAUGCUAAAAUUCGUUUUAGUCCAGUAGUUGAAGUUGAAGAUGUCGAGGAAGCUUACAGAUUACAUCGCGAAGCUUUAAAACAGUCCGCAGUUGAUCCGCAGAGCGGAAAAAUAGAUAUUGAUAUUUUAACCACCGGUAUGUCAGUGUCUGAAAGACAACGAAAUUCUCAUAUUAAAGAGUUGUUGUGGAAGUAUAUCGAAUCCAAAGGAAAAGUGCCUACACUUAAUUAUCAGAAACUGUUAUCUGAAUUUAAAGAGAAUACUACAGAGUUUUUGAUAACUCGAAGUAAAUUUGAGGAUGCUCUCAGAAAUUUGCAAGAUGAUGGAAAACUCAUAGUUAUGAGUAAAAAUACAAUUAAGAUUAUUUCUAAAGUGUAAUUUUCUUUUAUAAAAGUUAAUGUUUAAUGUUUUAAAUUUACGGACUUAUUACAGCUAUAUUAGUGUAACAAAAUAUGAUUAUUUAUUUAUCUAUAUACAAUUUACACCUUAAUGAUUGCAAGUACCUUUUUAUAUGUUAAAAUAAAACGAAUCUUCUUUUUUGACUCGUAUAUGUUUAUAUAAGCAAUUAAAUGAAAAGUCAACAUUUUGACAAAUUUUUUA